CUCACCCGUUUCGUGGAGGCGGGGUAAGGGGGCGGAGCGUUUCACCCACGUGACCGCGCGGUCGCUGUUUGGAGCCAUGGAGGAAUAUGCCCGGGAGCCCUGCCCAUGGCGCAUUGUGGAUGACUGCGGCGGUGCCUUCACCAUGGGAAUGAUCGGUGGGGGGGUCUUCCAGGCCGUCAAGGGCUUCCGGAAUGCCCCCGUGGGCGUCCGACACCGGUUCAAAGGGAGCGUCAGUGCCAUCCGCAUCAGAGCGCCACAGAUAGGAGGCAGCUUUGCCGUCUGGGGGGGCCUUUUCUCCACCAUUGACUGCGGCCUAGUGAAGAUGAGGGGGAAGGAAGAUCCCUGGAACUCGAUCGCCAGCGGGGCGCUCACGGGGGCUGUGCUCGCUUCCCGCAGUGGUCCAUUAGCCAUGGUUGGCUCAGCCAUGAUGGGGGGCAUUUUACUGGCCUUGAUAGAAGGAGUCGGGAUCUUACUCACCAGAUACACGGCCCAGCAAUUCCAGAACUCUAACCCAUUUGGUGAAGACCCCAGUCAGCUGCCCCUGAAAGACAGCCCAGCACCUCCAGGAUACCCGGGCUACGGACAAUAUCAAUGAAGCUGCUUUGUACUUCGGGGGGUCCCCUCUUUUUGGGAGAGGGGCAGCUGCAGCUAAUAAUUUGCCCCUUUCCCUUCCUGGCGCUCAGGAUGUGAUUCCAGCCGCUGGUCCCUCCAGUUCUUGGAUUCUCACUGAAUAGGCCGGUUUCCCUCUUUGUGGAGAAGAGAGGGGUUUGCUGGGAGCCCCUCUAAUUUGCAUAUUGUGGGGGGGACUGGGAACUAUGGGGCAGGGGAUUGCUCUGUAUUUCCUGCUACGUGGGGGGGGCAGGCUCUGGGGAUAUUGGACUACAGGAUAAAUUGGGGGGGGGGAGGGGGAGUUGGCAUCUGCUCUCAGUGGGGACCAUCCUUUUUGGAGCUCACCUCCCAUUCUGUUUGGGGGUGGCUCCAUUUCCAGCUUGAAAAUGGAGUUCAAUACAUGCCUGAAAGGGCACGAGGAGGCUGUAUCACCUCUUUUAGCUGGGCUGAAAUCUAGGGGGGGCUGUGGGGUUGUAGAUUAGGGGGUGCUCCUGGCCCCAUGCUGGGGGUGCUAUCCUUUUGCAGCACCCCAAAACUUGUUGUGAUAGGGUGCCUUGUUGUUAGUGGCUUCCCCUGCUCUGGGGCUGGAGGGAGGCAUCUCUUGGAAUGAAGCCAGGUAGGGCCUCUUGAAAUCAGUAUGACAUACGGCAGUGCACCCAUGGAUUGUGCUUCCCGUCUUGCCAGGAUGUGACCCCAAAAAGGGGUGUGAUCCCACUUUCAUAACAAGUGAAUCCUGCUGUCCCCCCAAUCCAGCUGGGAAACCCCACCUUGGUGUGUAUCCCUAACCUGUCCCAAUUAAGGUUUCAGCCCCUUGAAAUCCCCAGUUCUGAGCCCAGUUUCACCUCUUCUAGUGUUUAUAUUUAAAGAUGUUUUUAAAGGUGUGUGACUUGCA